AUGCGCUCUCGCAGUGUCCCUGCAUCCUUCAGCGUACUCAAUGGCUCAUCUGACCCGGGAGUCCUCUUCCUUCUUCAGAACUCGACAUCGGUCAUUAUACCUCCUACGGUCGUCUUCGUGAUCUUGACGUGGCAAAACUAUUUACCUACUUCCCUCGUCUGGGCACUCACGUUGGCCGCUGCACCGUUCUUCAUCGCCGCUCGCAUCCACCAACGUUAUCGGUCCAUACAUCAUGCUCUCAGCCGUUCUGGUGCUACCCUUCCUCCGAGAUGGGAUGGCAAGCUACCAGGGCACUUCGACGUCAUGCAGGAGAUGGUGGAUAGCCUGAAUCAAGGUUACCCUGGCGAUUUCGCAUGGCCUCGGUUCAUGAGGCACGGAUCUGUGGUACAGACGAAUAUCCUCUGGGACAUGAUGUAUAUAACAUGCGACCCCGAUGUCAUGAAGACGGUUCUCGCGACAGAUUUCGAUAGUUAUGUGAAAGGUUCAUCAAGUCUGUGGUACGUCAUCGUCAUAACAUCGACUCACGCAUUAUUCAGGUUUCACCGUUCUAUGACACGGCCGUUCUUCAGUAAGGACAGAAUCAGCCAUUUUGAUAUAUUCGAUAGACAUGCAGAGCUGGCAAUCUCUAAAAUGAACCAAAGGUUCGAUGCGGGCACUGCUGUUGACUUCCAGGAUCUCGUUUCGCGAUUCACACUCGACGCUGCGAGUGAGUUCCUAUUCGGGUCCUGCGUUAGAUCAUUGCAGUCGCCGCUGCCCACUCUCGCCUCUGUCGCGAUAGGACCUCCCAACCAUGCAAGUGCACGGGCGACCAUUGCUCAGAGAUUUGCUACCGCGUUUCAGGAAGCAGAACACGUCUGCUCAGAGAGAGCUUGGCGUGGUUGGAUUUGGCCGCUUUUCGAAGCGUUCGAGAACAAGAGCACGAAACAUAUGCAGGUCGUAGACCAAUUCCUCGAGCCGAUUGUGCAGGAUGCGCUGAGGAAAAGGGAUAUGAAGUCAUCUGAAGGAGAGGAAAGCGCAAAUGUAGAUGACGAGGAGACGUUCCUGGAUCACCUCGUGCGCUACACAUCUGUUCUUAUCUCCGUUCUAUUCCCUGAUCCCGUCGUUCUUCAUGAUGAGGUGCUGAACAUACUCUUGGCUGGACGUGACACGACAGCGUCGACACUUACAUUCGCUGUGUAUCUCCUUUGUGAACAUCCGGCUGCGUUGGCCCGUCUGCGCUCUGAGAUCCUCGCGAAGGUCGGACGACUUGGUCGCCCCACGUAUGAGGACAUCAAAGAAAUGAAGUACCUACGCGCCGUCAUUAAUGAGACUCUGCGUCUAUUCCCGGCAGUGUAUGCAGUCAAGGAAACAUUCUUGCCAAAUCCGGAUCCCAAGGGCAAGCCGUUCUAUGUUGCACCUGGAACACCUGUGUCGUAUUAUCCAUUCGUCAUGCACCGAAACACAGAGUACUGGGGACCUGACGCCAUGGAAUUCGAUCCCGACCGUUUUCUGGAUGAACGGCUGCAUAAGUAUCUGGUCCCGAAUCCAUUCAUCUUCCUACCUUUCAACGCAGGGCCCCGUAUUUGUCUCGGACAACAGUUCGCGUACAACGAAAUCUCGUUCUUUCUUAUCAAGCUCCUGCAGCGCUUCGAUACGAUGAGACUCGACCUGAGAUCUCAACCGCCCGGAUCUCUGCCACCCGAAGCGUGGUCCGACGCAUGGGGUAGGAAAGCCAUCGAGAAGAUAUGGCCGAAAGUGCAUCUGACCUUAUACGUAAACGGAGGUUUGUGGGUGAAGAUGAAGGAAGCAGCAGACUGA